AUGCAGCUUGCUACCAUUCUAGCAACCACAGUGACAGCUAUUGCCACUGCUGUCACCGGUCGUUCAGUUGAAGUUCCCGUUCCACUGAUCUCCAAUUCUGCGAGUGCUCCUGCUGCAGGUGUUGACAGUCCCUUGACCCAUGAAUCGGCCAAUAAGUUGCGAGGAGAAGAUAUCGAUUGGGGUAGCUUGAAGCUAACCAGCAGUGACAGCGAUGACACCUCUUAUGAUCGCCGUAUGUCUUUCAAACGUCGUCUUCGCCGUAAGCAGAAGAAAGAUCAAAAGAAGAAGCUCAAGCUUGAACAGAGGAAGAAGAAAUCGAAGCCCAGCAAAAAGCUCAAGAUUCCCCCCUUUUCUCAGCCAAGCCAAGAGCUUGUGGAUAGUUCUGGUGAUGACAUGAAGGAACUUGAUCCUUUGGAGUACUAUGGUCGCAAGGCUAAGGAAGAAGAAGAGGAUCAGCAAAAGCAACAGGAUAUCGACAACCUCGAGUACAGUGAGGAUGACGACAAGAAAGAAAACAAGAAGCCCCCUGUCAUUUGA